ACCCCCCGCCCCUACUACCAGGCUGUACACUGAUAGCAAAGCACGACUAUCUUCUUUGCUCAGUACAGAUCGGCUAGCCAGGCUACAAAUACUCCCUAAUUCUCCGUUUUCCCUUGGCUUUCCAUGGAUAUGGAUAUCUUCGAGACUCUUACAACGCACUGAAUAUUCAUGCACUUGCAUCUCAAACUUCCAAAGAUGAAGGUUGGAUGAAGUGUGCUUAACCCAAUGGGUCGUUCGGGAUCCUAGAAGUGCCUACCAGACAUCUGUGGACCUCAACAGUUUUCCAGUUAUAGAGAUGGCCCAGAGGCCGUGAUUUCCACUUUCCGCCGACCUCAUGACCAUUGAUGUCAGACUCGGAGAAAGAAUGCUUAUAAUCCAAAGCGAUCGACACAUCCGCGCUGUUGCCGUUUCUUCCUUUCUCACAAAUGUCGGAUACGCCUCACGAGCUCGAUCAUAAUAGAUUAUGGAAAGAUGGGAAACACUUCGCCCAAAUCUCUACAUCUCAACCUCUCCCGAGCGAAGAAGAAUGUCAAGGGAAAUCUCUAUUAGAGGUCGUUCACGCCGUAGCAACACGUCUCGUCGGUGCCUCUUACGGUCUUGGACACCCCCCAAUGAAACUGGAGAACCGGAAUGGUCCAGGAUUAGAAGUUUUCGAUGCAUUGACGCAGAUCUUGCCUCAACUAUCCCCUCAGUCCGUUUUCUAUUGGAACCGUUCUGCUCGGGGGUUAGCUUCCUUCUUGGAAUCUGCCAAGUACCCCAUACGCGCACAAGCUAGUCAUCUCGUUUUCUGGUGGGCACGCCUCGGUGGUCUUAACGGCCUCCCAACUCUAGGUCAAACCAAAGCCACUCGUACGAUGUGGGUUCGCGAUGGAUCUAAUACCGAACUCUCUUGGGUUAUCCCCGUCCAAACCUCUCCCUCAGACGAAGGCAACCGACAUGUACGAUUUGCUAUCGACCCUUUUCAUCCCGAAACAGGACUGAGAUUAGCCGGUGGAGCAGUGAUUGAUUGGUUAUGGAGUGUAGAAGGCAGUCUCGGACUCGUUGACAAUCAGGAGGGUACGAAAGAGUGGAAGGAUAUCAUUGAGAAGUGGUUGUUUCCUAAUAUGAAGAGUUCAGGAGAGGUGGUUCCGCUUUGUCAUUAUGCCGUUGCUUUCGAUUUGGAACCUUCGGGUCGCAUCCAACUCAAAUCAUACUACGUCCCACCUAGAAGAUCGAUAGAUCCAUCGGCACCGAAACCACCUGCGCAACUGAUGAUAGAAAACCCCGAGACGCUUACACCCGUCGAGACUCUCAUACCGCUUCUUGAUCCAUCCUUGAAAGAACCUUUCCACGUUCUCUGUCAAUACCUCGCAGACGAAGGUGUCGAAAAGUCUGGAUUACGAUUUUUGGCUAUCGCUUGUGAUGUCACUACCGCUGAUCAAAAUCGCCUCAAGUUAUACAUGUGGCCAACAAUCCAACACAGCCUCAACGAUACCAUUCGCCAUCUAACCCUAGGAGGUAGAAUCAAUGGCCCGGGAGUAGAAGACGCCAUCACCACCCUUCGGAAACUCUACCGUCAGUUGUUCCCUCAAAACACUGAUAACGCCAAAAUGGUUCCGAGAGAUGGGGGGAUUGGGGGAUUGUCGUUUUACUACGAGUUGAUGGUUGGGGAGAAGUUCCCUGCUUCAAAGGCUUACUUCGACAUGUCAAACUACGGAGAAAGUGACCUAGAGACGACGAAAGCCGUUGAAAGGUUCUUUGCUGACGUUCGGAAACCCAACUCCGAACCUGGAUGGUACACCUCCUCCAUUGCUCGUGCCAACCCUCACCGCCCGCUCGGAACAAGAUCAGGCGCCCAAACUGGCGUUACGUUCGGUAUGAAACGUGCAGAAUGGCAGGUUAUGGGGUAUAUGAGCACCGAGGUGUUCGCACCGGAAAGGGAGGAUGAUGAGGUGGGUUAUACGCAUGACGAACUUAUAAAAGAGUUCUAUAAAGUGUAUCUUGCAUAAAUGUGUACAGGUUAUGUAUUUGUAUUGAUAUAUAGCUUUGUACGGUGUAAAGGAAAACUCAACGCGAAUUACAACAGGUACUGGUUGCCUGACCACC